UCAUCAAAAGCCCUCGAUAUGAGCAAAUUAAGGGCCACCAUUACAUGGGAUCAUUGGCAAAAAUCAAAUUCUGUUGAAUUAUCGCCACCAGGUUUUCUAGAAAAUGCCGAAGAUCAAACGAAUAUUAAUAAUGAAGAAAACCAAGAAUCCGAAGAAAAUCCAGACCUCCAAGAAAUCCAAGAAACCGAAGAAUCGGGUGAAAUUGAACAAGAGCCUGAAGAAUUUGUAGAUCUUACCUUGAACCAAGACUCUGGUGAUGAUGAAUCACCGGAUUCGAGUGCUUUGGAAGCAGAUUUUGGCCAAUUUUUGGAUGUGUGGGUCGAGAUAUUGGUGGAGGAGACUGAGGAAUUUACGGGUAUAGAGGAAGAAGAGAAUGGUGAAAUGCUUUCUUCGGAAAUUGGGAAUAUUACUCAUCUGGCGGUAGAUCCUAAUGCUAAGUGGGAUUUAAAUACGCUUUUCAAUGAAUUACAAUUACCUUGA